AAUAUCAGAAAAUCACUGAGGCCCAAAAUACGAGGCCCAGUUAAUAUACUCAGCGGCACACGGUGUGUUCUAUCUCCUUCUCCAACAGAGGAGAAAGAUUUGCCUUCAUUUUCUCUCAAUUGUACAAUCUCUUUUCUUGGAAUUGGCGCCUACACACACAUAUGGCCUCUACUAACACUCUCUCCCUGCACUUCACCCCAAAGAUUGUGCCCCUGGAAACUCGGCCGAGAAAUGCACUGAGCCGGAACUUUCCGUGUAGUUCAGCGAGUUAUUGCGGCCACAAAUUGUUGAUUUCUAGAAGUUUAUGUAUUAAUAGAAGAAGAAGAGCUAAUUUAAUGUUCGAGAAGUUUGCUAUCAGAGCUUCGGCUUCUUCUCGUAAUAGGUCGAGUAGGAGAGUGCACACGGAAUCUCAAUCGCAAGCUACUUCGCCUAUGGGUGCGGCUAAGGAGAUUGCAUCCUUUAUUGUUCCAGCUGGCACAUUUGUCAUAAUUACGUUUGUUUUGUGGAAAUUGGUGGAGAUGGUUCUUAUGCCUAAACCAACAAAGAAAGUUACAGAGGAAAAUAAGUCUAGUAGUAGUCAAGGAACAAAAUGGUCUUUUGCUGCUGGGACAAAUUUGAUGUCGGGUUUUGGUGCAAAGAUUGAAAGGGAGUCCAAACAAACUCUUAAUGAGUUUGCCAAAGAACUAAGAGCCUUUGCGGUCGUUGACAUGUCAGGUCGCAAUUUUGGAGACGAAGGUUUAUUUUUUCUAGCUGAGAGCUUAGCUUACAAUCAGACUUUAGAAGAAGUUAAUCUUUCUGCCAAUGGAAUAACCAGCAAUGGACUGAAAGCAUUUGAUGGUGUGUUGCAAUCGAAUUUUACACUCAAGACUCUUGAUCUUUCUGGAAAUCCUAUUGGAGAUGAAGGAGCCAAGUAUUUAAGUGAUAUACUGGUGAACAAUAAUGGUAUCCAGAAGCUUCGACUAAACAGUACUGGUGUAGGAGACGAGGGAGCAAAGGCUAUUGCCGAGAUGUUAAAAGCAAAUACAAGCUUGCGGUUUCUUGAGCUUAACAACAAUUUAAUUGAUUAUUCUGGUUUUUCAGGGCUUGCAGGAUCACUUCUUGAGAACAAAACCAUAAAUGCAAUGUACCUCAAUGGGAAUUAUGGUGGAGCCUUGGGGGCUGCUUCUCUUGCUAAAGGUCUUGAGGGAAACAAAUCAUUGAGGGAACUAUAUGUUAAUGGAAACUCUAUAGGAGAUGAAGGUGUUCGCGCUUUAGUGUCUGGCUUACUACUACAUAAAGGGAAACUUACAGCCUUGGAUAUUGGUAACAAUGCCAUUAGCUCUAAAGGUGCACAUCAUGUGGCUGAAUUCAUCAAGAGCAGCAAAAGCUUGACGUGGAUAAGUAUCUAUAUGAAUGACAUUGGAGAUGAGGGAGCAGCGAGUAUGGCGGAUGCUUUGAGAGAGAAUCGUACGAUAACUAGUAUAGAUCUGGGGGGAAAUGACAUACAUGCCAAGGGAAUUGAGGGCAUUGCCCGAGUUCUGAAAGAUAAUACUGUGAUCAGCUCUUUGGAACUAGGUUAUAAUCCUAUGGGACCGGAGGGAGCAAAGGCUUUAUCUGAAGUUCUCAAGUUUCAUGGGAAUAUAAAAACUCUUAUGCUUGGUUGGUGUCAGAUUGGUGCAAAGGGUGCAGAAUAUAUGGCAGAUAUGUUGAAGUAUAAUAAUACGAUAGCAACUCUUGACCUGCGAGCUAAUGGACUUCGAGAUGAUGGUGCUAUCUGCCUAGCUCGCAGUUUGAAGGUGGUUAAUGAAGCUUUGGUGUCACUCGAUUUAGGUUUCAAUGAAAUUAGAGAUGAAGCCGCCUUUUCCAUUUCUCAAGCACUAAAAGCCAAUGAAGAUGUGAGACUCACAUCUUUGAAUCUUUCGGGCAACUUUCUUACCAAAUUGGGUCAGAGUGCAAUUGCAGAUGCAAGAGACCACGUCUUUGAAAUGACUGAGAAGGAAUUAAAUGUUGUAUUCUAAAUCAGGCCAGUUGAUGGAUUGUAUAAUUUUUUUCCUUCCAAAUUUUGAAAAUAGGAUAUUAAUCUGAGUAGUUUCCAUGCCAUGCAAGUAAAGCAUGGUAGAGUCACAGUCCUAUACUUGGCUGUGUAGAUAUUGAUUUUUGUGGUUGCCAUGCUAAUUGCUGAAAAAAGUUGGACAAUUA